AUGAGCAGCGGCUACAGCAGCCUGGAGGAGGACGCCGAGGACUUCUUCUUCACCGCCAGGACCUCCUUCUUCAAGAGGGCGCCCCCGGGCAAGCCCCGCGCCGGCCAGCCGGAUGUGGAGAAAGAGAAGGAAACCCACAAUUACCUCAGCAAAGAGGAAAUCCAAGAGAAAAUUCAUAAAUACAAUUUAGCAGUGACAGACAAGCUGAAGAUGACCUUGAAUCCGAAUGGGACGUACACUGGCUUCAUCAAGGUGCAGAUGGAACUCUGCAAGCCCCCGCAGGCGUCUCCGAGCGGCUGCAUGAACACGCUCCACAUCAGCAGCACCAACACCGUGGGGGAGGUGAUCGAGGCCCUGCUCAAGAAGUUCCUCGUGACUGAGAGCCCCGCCAAGUUUGCACUUUAUAAGCGCUGUUACCGGGAGGAUCAAGUCUACGCCUGCAAGCUCUCCGACCGGGAGCACCCGCUCCACCUGCGCUUGGCAGCCGGGCCCAGAACAGACACGCUCAGUUUUGUUCUCCGCGAACAUGAAAUCGGAGAGUGGGAAGCCUUCAGCCUCCCAGAGCUGCAGAACUUCCUGCGCAUCCUGGACAAGGAGGAGGACGAGCAGCUGUAUAACCUGAAGAGGCGCUACACGGCCUACAGGCAGAAGCUGGAGGCGGCGCUCAGCGAGAGGGAACAUCCACGUGAAUGA